AUGCCACAAGGAACCGGAACGCUUACCAGUGACAAAGGGCGAGUCCUCGGCCAAUUCGAAGUCGAGGGAUCCCAGUACAUCUUCGUGGGAACCUUGACUGGCUUCGGGCAGUCAUUUUCGAUCCCCAAUGCCGACGUUGCCUAUGACUCAGUCGAACAGUUGAAUAAACAGUCAGAAGAUUUCGAAGAAGUGCCUAUCGAGAAAGACCAGAUUAUGUUAAGGCUCAAAAAUGGAGUUGCAAUCACCGGCGGGUUCGAUAUGCCGUUCAGCGAUGGCGAGGUGAAGAAAGGGACCAAUGUUGGUGGAGGUGAACCCCCUUACGGAGGUCACCCUCAGCAAGGGCCACCUGGAGGCCCGCCCCAGGGCUACGGGCAUCCAGCACAGCCUUACGGUGCUCCGCAGGGCCAAUAUCCCCCGCAAGGACAAUACCCUCCUCAGCAGGGUCAAUAUCCCCCUCAACAGGGCCACUAUCCUCCUCAGCAAGGGCAUUACGGUGCUCCCCCACCGCAAGGUCACUACGGCGCCCCUCCUCAACCGCCCGCCGGAUACCACGCGCCAUCCCCGCAGCCUCCGUAUGGCCAUGCCCCUCCAAACCAGCCUCCUCCCGGCGCGCACGGAUUCCCGCCUCAGGGUCAAGCACCUGGAGGUUACGGGCCGCCCGGUGGUCUCCCUCCCCAGGGAAUCCCUUCUAGACCUUCGCUAGGUUACAUCCCAGGCACAUUGGCACCAGGCGACUUCCGCCCUCAGGCGGAUGCGCUGCGCAAAGCAAUGAAGGGAUUCGGAACGGACGAAAAGACACUGAUCGCGGUUCUCGCGCCCCUCGAUCCGCUGCAGGUCGCCGCCGUCCGCGACACCUUCUCGAAAAACCUCGGUCGCGAUUUGGUCAAAGACGUCAAGUCCGAGACAAGUGGGUACUUCGAGCAAGGUCUUAUUUCCGUGAUCAACGGCCCCCUCCUGCACGAUGUCGAGAGCGUGAAUUCCGCGAUCGACGGUGCUGGCACGAAGGAGUGGCUCCUCAAUGAUAUCCUCCUCGGUCGGUCCAACGCCGACCUGAACGCUAUCCGGACCGCCUACGAGAUUCGCUACGGGCGCUCGCUGUCAAGAGACGUCGAGUCUGAUCUUUCAUUCGGAACUUCCGACCUCUUUGCCACUGCUCUCCGGGCGGCGCGUCAUGAGGAGUCAGCGCCUAUCAACCCACAGACUAUUGAGGCCGACGUCCGCUGUCUGCAGGGACCUAAGAAUGUCAAGGAAGUGUGCGCGAUCUUCGCCCGGUCCUCUGAUGCCGAGAUCCGUGCUAUCAACCAGACUUUCGAAUCCCGCUACCACACCUCUCUGGAAAAGCACAUUAAGAAGGAGUUCUCGGGUCACAUGGAAGAUGCACUGCUUCACAUGCUCCGCACAGCUACAGAUCCUGCCAUGCGGGACGCGUUGCUACUUGAGGAUUGCAUGAGCGGCAUGGGAACUAAGGAUGAGCGUCUUGUUGUACGCGCUGUGCGAACUCACUGGGAUCGCAACCACAAGGAGACGGUGAAGCGGGCUUACUACCACAAGUUCGGCAAGCCCCUGGUGGAGCGUGUACGCGGCGAGACUUCUGGCGAUUACGGACGGUUGAUGGUUGCUCUUCUUGAGUAA